GAUGGUAUGUCUGUGCAAAUUCAUCCUUGUUUGCAACUUCCAUCCUCUGUUAUGAUGGGUAACUAAUCAGUAGGAAACUUCCUUCUGAUCAAGAUGUCACAAAUAAUGGAAGCAAACCCUGCAAUAAAAAACGCUGCAAACUGUGCAACCAAAUCAAUCCAUCAAAAAGUGUCAGACACUCAAAAGGGAUCUUCAAUAUUUCCGGAUCAUACAGCUGCACCUCCAGUAAUGUUGUAAAUCCCCCAACCUCAGAAA